AUGGCCGACGUCGCGCAAUCACCGGUCCCUCUCGACACCAUCCCCAUCUCCCCCGAAGGUGGUGAUGCCGCCUCGGACUCCGCUCCCACCACCAGCUCCGGCGAUGUUGUCACCGUCUUCCACGACCCCGAGAACUUCAACGUCAAGCACCCUCUCGCUCACACCUGGACCCUCUGGUUCACAAAGCCCCCAAGCGGAAAGCAAGACUGGAACGAGUUGUUGAAGGAGGUCAUUAGCUUCAACAGUGUCGAGGAGUUCUGGGGCAUCUACAACAACAUCACCCCCUCAUCCGAGCUUGCCCCCAAGUCCGACUACCACCUCUUCAAGCAAGGCGUCCGCCCCGAGUGGGAGGACCCUCAGAACAAGCACGGUGGCCGUUGGUCCUACACCUUCAAGCAGCGUCAGGCCAACGACGACAUCUGGCUGCACGUCCUGCUCGCCGCCAUUGGUGAGCAGCUCGAGGAUGACAAUGACAACGAGGUCAUGGGUGUCGUCAUCAACAUCCGCAAGGCCUUCUACCGUGUCGGUCUCUGGACUCGCAGCGCUGGCACGAAGGCAAACCCCGCCAAGCAGGGCCAGCCUCAGCGCACCCCCCAGGAGUCUCAGGCUAUCCUCAUGAAGAUUGGCCAGCGCUUCAAGGCCGUACUCACCGUCCAGGACAAGGAGGUCAUCGAGUUCAUGGGUCACUCCGACUCUGCCAACGCCGGUUCCACCCGUGCUAAGGCCAAGUACUCGGCUUAA